UUCCUGAGCUGCACUCUCGCGCAUGGUCUCUUUCUCCAAAUUUGCCAUGCUUGCGGCCAUCGCGCCGUGCGCUGGUUUCCUGGUUGCGCCUGCCGUGCAGCCGUGGCGCGGCCACGCGGCCGCGAUCGCGGCGCGGAUGCAGCUGGACAUUGAGCGCAAGACGGGCGACAACGUCGAGCAAAUCAAAGACACAAAGCGGGACAAGGUGAUGACCUUCAGCUACGACAUGUCGCUCGACACGGGGUACGAGAAGCCGACGUACCCUGGCACGGGUAACGGCCUCGGCGGCGAGGGCCUGCAGGACGAGUACGACGUGGUCGUGAUCGGCUCGGGCAUGGGCGGCCUCGCUUGCGGCGCGCUGAGUGCAGAGUACGGCUCGCGCGUGGCGGUGAUCGAGUCGCACAUCAAGCCGGGCGGCUCGGCGCACACCUUCACGCGCGUGCACAAGGGCGGCAAGUACUCCUUCGAGGUUGGCCCCUCCAUCUUUGAGGGCCUCAACGGGCCGUCCCUGAACCCGCUGCGCACCAUUCUCGACAUGCUCGGGGAGGACCUCAAGUGCGAGACGUACAGCGGGCUCGGGUACUGGACGCCAGAGGGAUACUGGCGCUUCCCGAUCGGCUCGGCCCAAAAGUUCGAGGACUUGGUCUAUGAGAGGUGCGGGCCCGUCGAGGGCAAGAAGGCGAUGGACGAGUGGGACGCGCUGCGCAAGCGCCUCAAGACUCUCGGAGGCUCCACGACCGCCGUCUCGCUGGUCAACUUGAGGCAGGACGCGGGCAUGCUGGCCACGACGGCGGGAGCCACGCCAUACGUGCUCUCGCACCCUGACGUCUUCCUUGACUUGCCGCUCACCUUCGACUCGCUGCACAAGACCGUCGACCAGAUCGUGACCGUGCCGUUCAUCCGCAACUACAUCGAUACGAUGUGCAUCUUUUGCGGCUUCCCCGCAAAGGGGGCGAUGACGGCGCACAUCCUCUACAUCCUCGAGCGCUUCUUCGAGGACGGGUGCGCCUUUUGCGUCCCGCUCGGCGGCACUGUCGAGAUGGCCUACGCCUUCCAGCGCGCGCUCGAGGCGCGCGGCGGCGAGCUCUCGCUCAACACGCACGUGGAGGAGCUGCUGUACGACGAGGCGGAGCAGCGGUGCGUCGGCGUCAGGCUCAAGAGCGGCAAAGUCAUCAAGGCGAAGAAGGCGGUCGUCUCCAACGCGACCCCCUUCGACACCGUCCGCAUGCUGCCCGACGGCGGCGACGCGCCGCAGCUGCCCGAGGGGGUGAGGGAGUGGAAGCAGACGCUCGGCAAGCUCCCGCGGCACGGCGCCAUCAUGCACCUCUUCCUCGCGAUCGACGCGACCGACCUCGACCUCUCCCACAUCGAGGACCCGGCGCACCUCGUCGUCCAGGACUGGGACCGCUCGCUGCAGGACUCGCAGAACCUCUGUUCCUUCUUCAUCCCAUCGCUGCGCGACCCGUCCGUCUGCCCGCCCGGCAAGCACUGCAUCCACGUCUACUCCUCGGGCGGCGAGCCGUACGAGCCGUGGGAGAAGCUGGAGCCCGGCUCGGACGAGUACGAGCGGAUGAAGGAGGAGCGAUCGCAGGUGCUGUGGCGCGCCGUCGAGAGGUGCAUCCCCGACGUGCGCAAGCGGGUCGAGUUCUCCAUCGUCGGCUCGCCGCUCGCGCACGAGGCCUUCCUUCGCCGCGACCGCGGCACGUACGGCCUCGCUUGGGCGGCGGGCACGUCGGCGCCCUUCGCCGGCAAGCUGUCCAACCUGCUCCCCUUCCCCUUCCCCAACCUGAAGACGCCCGUGGACGGCCUCCUGCGCUGCGGCGACUCGUGCUUCCCCGGGAUCGGCACGCCGUCGGCCGCCGCGUCGGGCGCCAUCGCGGCUAACUCGAUCCACCCGGUGAGUGACCACAUCAAGCUGCUCAAGCAGACGGCGCAGCGCGAGCCCAAGUACGCCUUCCUCGACCCCGGCCCGAUUGGGUCGCUGUACGAGGCGGCGGUCGGCUGGUCGACGCCGAGCGGCGAACUGCGCGGCGACGACGAGGAGCACGGCGGCAGGGCGCCGUGGGAGUGAUGCGGACACGGCCUCGGCGGCGGUCCGUGGGCCACCAGGGGCCGGGGCGGCGGGGCCGGGGGGUUGCGGGGGAGAUGGAGUUGGAGAGAGGUGGCCCAGGAGAGGUACUGUGCUCUCAAGGUUAUUGCAACUUUUUUUGUAUUUGUUUCGCACAUCUCAUAUGC